UAUACUUCCCCUUCCAAACAAACAAAGUAAGUUAUGAUUAGAAGACAAUUGGUUAGUUUUAUUCUGGUCCACUGUAUGUCCGUUCGCCUGUCCCAUUAUGGAUUUGUUUUAAGAACGCACAUUCUUCAGAUAAACAUAUCAGUAAGAUGUUAGAGGGAGGAGAGGAUUUAGUCACAACCAACGGUACUCUACAGAGACACAUCAACACACAGGCUGGUAAAACACAUACAUGUGAUGUGUUUGGUAAAGAUUUUAGUCAAGGUAGUGACUUAAAGAAACAUUUAAGAACACAUACGGGUGAAAAACCUUAUAAAUGUGAUGUUUGUGGAAGAGAAUUUAGUCAGAGUAGUCACAUAAAGACACACUUGAAAACACAUACUGGUGAAAAACCUCAUGAGUGUGAUGUUUGUUUUAAAAAAUUUAGUGAAAGAAGGCACUUAAAAAUACACUUGAGAACACAUACUGGUGAAAAACCUUAUAAAUGUGAUGUCUGUGCUAAAGAAUUUUGUCGAAGAGGUAACUUAAAGAUACACAUGAGAAUACAUACUGGGGAAAAACCUUAUAAAUGUGAUGUUUGUGGUAGAGAAUUUUCUCAAGGAAUUCAACUUAAGGCCCACAUGAGUAAACAUACUGGAGAGAAACCUCAUGGCUGUCAUUUAUGUGGUAAACGGUUUAGUUAUCUUGGAAGUUUACUGAGUCACAUGAUAACUCAUACAGGCGAUAAACCUCACAACUGUGCUGAAUGUGGUAAAGGGUUUAGUAUUUCUAGUAACUUACAGCGUCACAUGAGAAUACAUACAGGUGUUAAACCCCAUAGCUGUGAUGUUUGUGGUAAAGCGUUUAAUCAACUUGCUGGUUUACAGAGUCACAUGAGAACACAUACAGGUGAUAAAACUUAUAUCUGUGAUAUAUGUUGUAAACGAUUUACUCAGCUUUGUGAUUUACACAGUCACAUGAAAAUACAUACAGAUGAUAAACCUUAUAUAUGUGAUGUAUGUGGUGAACGGUUUAGUCAGCAUAGAAGUUUACAGAGUCACACGAGAACACAUACAGGGGAUACACCUUACAACUGUGAUGUGUGUGGUAAAGAAUUGACUAAUUCUAGUAACUUACAGCGACACAUGAGAAUACAUACAGGUGUUAAACCCCAUAUCUGUGAUGUGUGUGGUAAAGCGUUUAAUCAGCUUACUGGUUUACAGAGUCACAUGAGAACUCAUACAGGUGAUACACCUUAUAACUGUAAUGUGUGUAAUAGACGGUUUAGACAGCAUAGUAGUUUACAGAGUCACAUGAGAAUACACACAGGAGACACACCUCAUGACUGUAAUGUAUGUGGUAAAGCGUUUAAGCAGCAAUCUAAUUUACGAAUUCACAUGAGAACACAUACAGGUGAUAAAUCUUAUGUCUGUGAUGUAUGUGGUAAAAUGUUUGGUCAGCUUGGUAAUUUACGUAGACACAUGGGAACACAUACAUCAUUAUCAAGAGGACCUUUUAAGAUGUUAGAGGGAGGAGAGGAUUUAGGCACAGCCAACGGUACUAUACAGAGACACAUAGACACACAGGAGGAUAAAACACAACAUAAAUGUGAUGUCUGUGCUAAAACAUUUAGUCGAAGAGGUAACUUAAAGAGACACAUGAGUACACAUACGGGUGAAAAACCUUAUAAAUGUGAUGUGUGUGCUAAAGAAUUUAGUCAAAGGGGUGAUUUAAAAAGACACGUGAGAACACAUACUGGUGAUAAACCUCAUAAAUGUGAUGUUUGUGGGAAAGGGUUUAGUGAAAAUGAUAACUUACAGAAACACAUGAGAAUACAUACUAGUGAAAAACCUUAUAAAUGUGAUGUAUGUGUUAAAGAAUUUAAACGAAAUGAUGACCUAAAGAGCCACUUGCAAACACAUACUAGUGAAAAACCUCAUAAGUGUGAUUUAUGUGGUAAAGGAUUCAGACAGCUUCGUUAUGUACAAAGACACAUGAGAAUACAUCAUGGUGACACACCUUAUGAAUGUGAUGAAUGUGGUAAAAGAUUUAGUGAGCAAGGAAGUUUAAAGAAACACAUGAGAACACAUACAGGUGUUAAACUUUUUGACUGUGAUGUAUGUGGUAAAGGAUUUAUUGAUCAAGGUAAUUUAAAAACACAUGCAAAAACACAUACAGGUGACAAACCUUAUGACUGUUGUGUAUGUGGUAAAGGAUUUAGUGAGAAAGGUAAUUUAAAAACACAUGCAAAAACACAUACAGGUGACAAACCUUAUAACUGUGAUGUAUGUGGUAAAGGCUUUAGUGAGAAAAGUAAUUUACAGAGACACAUGACAAUACAUACAGGUGACAAACCUCAUGAGUGUGUUCUCUGUGAUAAAAGGUUCAGUCAGCUUGGUCAUUUACAGAUACAUGUAAAAACACAUACAGGUGACAAACCUCAUGUCUGUGUUCUCUGUGAUAAAAGGUUCGGUCAGCUUGGUCAUUUACAGAGACACAUAAGAACACAUACAGGUUACAAACCUCAUGAAUGUAAUGUGUGUGGUAAAAGGUUUAGUGAGAAUGGUAGUUUGAAAAAUCAUAUGAGAAUACAUACUGGAGAUAAACCUCAUGCGUGUGAUGUAUGUGGUAAAAGGUUUACUCAGCUUGCUGGUUUACAAAUGCACAUGAGAAUACAUACAGGCUAUAAACCUUAUGACUGUGAUAAAUGUGGGAAAGCGUUUAGUUAUCAUAAUAGUUUUCAGAUUCACAUGAGAACACAUACAGGGGUUAAACCUUAUGACUGUGAUGUAUGUAGGAAAGCGUUUAGUCAUCGUAAUAGUUUACAGAUUCACAUGAGAACACAUACAGAUGAUAAACCUUGUGACUGUGGUGUAUGUGGCAAAUGGUUUAGACAACUUGACAGUUUAAAGAUACACAUAAGAAUACACACUGAGGAUAAAGCAGAUAACAAACCCUUAGAUAUGUGAGGCCACACUUAAAAAUAUUUGGUUUGCCCAAACCCUACCCAAAGGUUGAGACAGUGGGUAGGUAGGUAGGCAUUUCCUUUUGUUUUCAAAAAUAGAAAUUGAAGUAUGAGAUGUUUAUUAGUCUUCAUGCCUAUGAUAUUUGAUUAAAAAAAAAUUCUUCAAAUCAGGACAAUAAAAGAAUUUGAGUAGGCAGCUUUUUUCUGGGUAGGUAGUGUUUGGACAAACAAACCUAUUAAUAUUUAAUAUGGCCUGAAGUAAUUGUGUUGUAUAAUAAUGGAAACUGAUAUAUGAAUGGAAACAUAUACCUGUCAUUUGGUGCGAGGUUUAUAUUAUGGGCCAAACAAUAUCUGAAAUGAUGACUCAUUGCUCAUAGAGAUGUAUAAGAACACGUAGAUAAAUCAGAACACAUAAAGAUAGUCUUUAAACUGUGAUUUCUGUAUAUUGAUAAUGAAAAGGUUAAAGUUGAAUUGUACUUAAGUAUACCAUGGUAUACAUAUAUAUCAUUGUAUAUUGAUAACCAAAUGAAUGUUAUUUCUAUGUUUAAAGGAUCAUAUCCAUGAAAGUUCAUCUGU